GCCUUACUGGCGCUCGUCUCAGCAGCCGCUCUCAUCAGUGCAACUCAAUUCGUCAUGUCAGAGCACGAAGAGACUUGCGCAAAGCCGCUCGCACUGCCAGCAGCGCCCAGUCAUACUGAGGCACCCCAGACGAUCGAAGUGAAUGGGCAGGCUUUCUCUUUGUUCGACUCGAUGGGCCCGACGGUCGUCAACAAGGAUGGCACUCUUUCGCGUAUCACAGACUGGGCAGAGAAGACGCCCAGAGAGCGAGCAAACAUAUUGCGCAUUCUUGGUAAACGAAAUCAGCUUCGUCUCGACGACCUCAAGCAAUGAUCGCGCAUUCCAAGGUGUUGUUGUAGCAAAGCGCAUGCAUGUCCAUCGAGACAAAUCUAGACGACG